CGGAAGGAGCUGGAGGAGAAGAUGGUCUCCAUGCUGCAGGAGAAGAAUGACCUGCAGCUCCAAGUGCAGGCUGAGCAAGACAACCUGGCCGACGCCGAGGAGCGCUGUGACCAGCUGAUCAAGAACAAGAUCCAGCUGGAGGCCAAGGUGAAGGAGCUGACGGAGCGGCUGGGGGGCGCGGGGCUGACGGCCAAGAAGAGGAAGCUGGAGGACGAGUGCUCAGAGCUCAAGAAGGACAUCGAUGACUUGGAGUUGUCUUUGGCCAAGGUGGAGAAGGAGAAACAUGCCACUGAGAACAAGGUCAAGAACCUGACCGAGGAGAUGGCCGGGUUGGACGAGACCAUCGCCAAGCUGACCAAGGAGAAGAAGGCCCUGCAAGAAGCUCACCAGCAAACGCUGGAUGACCUGCAGGCAGAGGAGGAUAAGGUCAACACCUUGACGAAGGCCAAAGUCAAGCUGGAACAGCAAGUGGACGAUCUGGAGAGUUCACUGGAGCAGGAGAAGAAGAUCCGGAUGGACCUGGAACGGGCCAAGAGGAAGCUGGAAGGCGACUUGAAGCUGACCCAGGAGAACAUCAUGGAUCUGGAGAACGACAAGCAGCAGCUGGAGGAGAGGCUGAAGAAGAAAGACUUUGAGCUCAACGCACUCAACGCCAGGAUUGAGGAUGAGCAAGCGAUUGCGGCACAGCUCCAGAAGAAGCUCAAAGAGCUUCAGGCACGCAUCGAGGAGCUGGAGGAGGAGCUGGAGGCGGAGCGGACAGGCAGGGCCAAGGUGGAGAAGCUGCGCUCGGACCUGUCGCGGGAGCUGGAGGAGAUCAGCGAGCGGCUGGAGGAGGCGGGCGGCGCCACCUCGGUGCAGAUGGAGCUCAACAAGAAGCGGGAGGCGGAGUUCCAGAAGAUGCGGCGGGACCUGGAGGAGGCCACGCUGCAGCACGAGGCCACGGCCGCCGCCCUGCGCAAGAAGCACGCCGACAGCGUGGCCGAGCUCAGCGAGCAGAUGGACAACCUGCAGCGCGUCAAGCAGAAGCUGGAGAAGGAGAAGAGCGAGCUCAAGCUGGAGCUGGACGACAUCGGUUCCAACAUGGAGCAGCUGGUCAAGGCCAAGGCCAACCUGGAGAAGAUGUGCCGCACCAUGGAGGACCAGAUGAACGAGCACCGGACCAAGUCCGAGGAGGCUCAACGCAUGGUCAACGACCUCACCACCCAACGAGCCAAGCUCCAGACGGAGAACGGUGAGCUCUCCAGGCAGCUGGAGGAGAAGGAAGCCUUCAUCAACCAGCUGACACGAGGGAAACUCACCUACACCCAGCAGCUGGAGGACCUCAAGAGGCAGCUGGAGGAAGAAACCAAGGCCAAGAACGCGCUGGCCCACGCCCUCCAGUCGGCCCGGCACGACUGCGACCUCCUGCGGGAGCAGUACGAGGAGGAGACGGAGGCCAAGGCCGAGCUCCAGCGGUCG